AUGGAUAACAUGGAUUUGUCCUCUAUCAGCACGUCGUCGAGCGCCCCGCAGCUGUUUCACAUGUCGCCUACGGAGCGCGCUGAGGUGGAGAUGGGUACAUGGGCGUGGUGGCGUCAGGAGCUGCGGAAUAAGCGUGUCACGAAGGACGGCUACCAUCGUGUGCAGCUGCAGGAAGUCCAUACUCGGCUUACCACUCAGCACGAGGACAACCCGAGCACAGUAGAGCUAGACUUCAGCAGCUGCUACAUGGAGCCUACAGCGCCGUACGUGCUGGGCCGCCUGUUUGCUUCUCUUCAACUAAAGGAGCUGCGGUGGAUUACCUCGCUGCGGCUGGAUGGCAACUAUUUCACCAACGACGGCUUCCGCACGAUGCUCGCCACGAUGUCGGCCGCGAACGAAGAGCAGACGAUCUUGCCACUUCUGCGGCAACUAUACCUCAACAACAUGAACCUCGAUCAACACUCCGUCGCUGGGCUGUUUGCGUACCUGUUUCCAGUGGACCACAAGACCAUGGGCGGCAUCUCACAAAAGGCAUUCUGUAUCGCCGGAAGACCUGUCUCGCGGUCGUCGGAGGCUUACAUCGCAGCCAGCAGGCGUAGUCCUACGGUACCGCUGUUUCCUUCCUUGACCGUGCUCAGCCUCAGUGACAACCCGGGGGUGGGAACGGAGGGCCUCAUUCAGAUUCUCCGUAGCCUGUUGGCUGUUCACUACGAGCCGCAUGCCAUCUCCGUCAUGGAUCUCUCCCGAUGUGGCUUGGACAAGGCGACUCCAAAGUACUUUCGCGAAUACUUUGGCAAUCUUUCGAGAGCAAUUAAAACCAGCUACUACCCAGUGGCACCGCGGCGAUUUGUGCUGAUAGGCAACCAGCACGGCAUUGCAAACUUGAAUGGGAUCUACUCGCCAGAAAAAACGGGUAUUCAGCUCGUGCUUUGA